UUUGUUUGAUAGAUUGUUUUUUAAUAUAAUUCCCCCCGCAGGCCUGCGUGUUCCUUCAUGGCAGGUGACAGUGUGAACGGCAAAGCAGGCCCUUUUACCUGCUCGCCCAGGUCAAAGCAAGGCAGAGACUCGGAACAAAUCCCACUUAAUGACAUAGGGGAGAGAGAGAGAGAGAGAGAGGAAAAAAACAGAACGUCAGCUCAUAAAGCAAUAAGUAAGGAGAGACCAGAGACUUUCGGCGCUUUAACAGUUUCUGUUUCUCGCCUUACAGUGGAAACUACAACGAGCUCCCACACUGCACCGUUCCCAAGACCCGCCAUGGCGGACGUGUGCGCCUGCGCGGUGAAGGGGGAAGCAGUGCGGAAUCGCUACCUUUGGACGCUGCUCCAGUCUGACAGCCACCGCAGAGCCACACCGGAGCCCUCCAGCCCACCACUAGCCUCAUCAAUUCAAAAUUCAAGGAGGCGCAGCACACGGGCGGGCAAAGAAAAAAAAAUCAGACCAUAACCCCCCCUCCCCAAGGGGUCACAAAGGGGAAAGGUGCUCCAUGCGAGAUUGAACUGGGUCAUCAUAAAGACAGGGGGGGGGUAGCAAAAAUCAAAAAUAAAAUAGAGACAAUAAAGCAAAGGAAAAGGCUGCAGUGAUGAGCUUCUUUAGUUUCGGUCAAAGUGCAGAAAUUGACAUCGUCCUGAAUGAUGCCGAGACGAGGAAGAAAGUUGAGCACAAGACGGAGGACGGGAAGAAGGACAAGUAUUUUCUCUUCUACGAUGGAGAGACGGUUUCCGGCAAAGUCAACGUUACCCUGAAACACCCGGGGAAGAGGCUGGAGCACCAGGGCAUCAAGAUUGAAUUUAUUGGGCAGAUCGAGCUGUACUAUGACCGGGGAAACCACCACGAGUUCGUCUCUCUGGUGAAGGACUUGGCGAGGCCGGGGGAACUAACACAGUCCCAGACUUUUGACUUUGAGUUCACACAUGUGGAGAAACCGUACGAGUCCUACACAGGCCAGAAUGUCAAGUUGCGGUAUUUUCUUCGGGCAACUAUUAGCCGGAGACUGAAUGACAUAACCAAGGAAAUGGACAUUGUUGUUCACACUCUCAGCACCUACCCCGAGCUGAACUCGUCUAUCAAGAUGGAGGUGGGAAUUGAAGACUGCCUGCACAUCGAGUUUGAGUACAACAAAUCAAAGUACCACCUAAAAGACGUCAUAGUGGGGAAGAUUUAUUUCCUGCUGGUCCGGAUUAAGAUCAAGCACAUGGAAAUUGACAUCAUCAAACGGGAAACAACGGGCACGGGUCCGAGCGUGUACCACGAAAACGAUACCAUAGCCAAAUACGAGAUCAUGGAUGGGGCACCAGUGAGAGGAGAGUCCAUCCCCAUCAGACUGUUCCUGGCAGGCUAUGAGCUGACCCCCACCAUGCGCGACAUUAACAAGAAGUUCUCCGUGCGGUACUACCUCAACUUGGUCCUCAUAGACGAAGAGGAGAGGCGCUACUUCAAACAGCAGGAGAUCACGCUCUGGAGGAAAGGGGACAUCGUGAGGAAGAGCAUGUCUCACCAGGCCGCCAUCGCCUCGCAGCGCUUCGAGGGCUCGGCCAACCCAGAGAACAAGGUGCCUGCCCAGGCCAAGGAGGAAGACGACUAACGCGCGCGUCCGCACCCCCCGGCGCCUCCGAAAACGAGAGACUGGAUGUGUGCGUGUGAGUGAGUGCGUAGUCUAGAGGCGGCAGGGAGGAUGUGUUGCAGCCUGACAACCCACCAACAACACCGGCUAGAGAACCUUCUCCUUUCAUUACAGCAGAUAAAAGAAGGGAUCAGAAAGGGAGGAGUAUAAAGCAGACUUCCGGGAGAUGAUGUGUACUUUGGAACCCCAAACGACAAAAAAAUAUCACAUUUACAUGGCACGAUCUACUUUUUUUAAAAGGCUAUGCCACCACCGAAGCUUCAUACAAGAAAUACCGUGCUUUGCAGAAUACACCCGACAUUUCCUUUACUUAACCUCUGUACCUUCCAUUGCUCACAGGCAUCACAUGGGGGAUGGGGUAGCCUACAGUCUGAGAAAUGCAGUGCUGAAGAACUGCACGCUCAGGUGGGGGGGCGUACUGUACUGCUAUCAGCUGUGUUAGUGGGGGUUUGUUGUUCAUUCCAAAGAAAAAUCCAGACUGAAGCUGUCUCCGAGAUACAGACGUCACAAUCUGAAAGAGGAAAUCUGAAAAUAAAAGUAAAUUACAGUGCAGCUGUCGAGGCUGGAUGGGGGAAUGCUUUUCCUGUUUAUCAGAUCAAAAUACACUUUGUGAAAAUCAAGUGCAGCUGCUGAUAAAUUGCAGGGCUAUAAGGCAGAGAGCACACAAAUCAGGGGUUGAGCUUGCACAAGGGGAUCCAGAGUACAGCCUGUCACCUUCUUGUUUAAGAACUUUUAUCUUAAACAGCGUUUGUCUGCAAGCAGGAAAAACGACCAAGCAAGCGGUCAUCUCUUUGUCUUGUAAUUAUUGAAGUUUACAUGUGUGUAUCAGGGAACAGAAGGAAUGAAAAAAUGAAGAGAAAACCAUUUGGGGAGGCAUAGCUCUUACAUUUUCAAAAAACAAUUCGGAACUAUGGUAACAGUAGAUGGAUCUUUGUACAUUAUACUGUAUAUACGCCUCAUUCCUCUUUAAAUUACAAGAUACAUCCCCCUCCACCAUAAUAAAUGUCAGUGUUAUAACAGAAAAUCUAAGCGUAAUAUAACCAAGAUAGCAAAAGCCUCACAGUAUUUCCCUGAAUACUAGCAGCUGGAAAGCCCAGAUUUUAUUAAACUGUCAUCACAAUUCUUACUACUGCCACAAUGCUGCUUUUCUGCUACAUGCUGAAAGUUAACUUUUAAACCAGGAGUAAUUUACAGCAAUUUGCUUUCUUGUGGAAUGAACAAUAGCUGCUUUCGUUGCUUGUAAACUGCAUGGGAUUAUGAACCUGAAGGCUCCGACACUUCUUUAAGGUGUAAUACAAAUACACUCCUUUAUUUUAUUUUUUAUCCUGACAUUGUGCCUAUCAGUGUAAGCAUCUGCCAAAAAUCAUGUGUUGAGUCCAAUGCCUCUAAUUGGUUUAUACUAUAGCGUAUAGUGUCCCUUUUUACCAUCCUGUGUUGUACUAUUUCAAGACUUGAGCGUCAUUCUGCCAACCUUUUUUAAAGAAAGCAUAAAUGAUACAGAAAACAGUCUUCUGUGGAUUAUUUAUCUAACAAGGUCAACAGGACAUAAGCAGAAUAUGUUGUUCCUUUUUUAAUUCUGUCCCUUAAGACGCAUACGCUGGCUUUUUGCAGAGGUCACGAUGGCUAGAUGGUUUGAAAAAGUUUCUCAAAAUGGUUUAUUCAGCUGUUAGCAGUGAUAUAUAAAAAGUAACAGUAACGAUGGAGACUGUAUCGUUGCGUAACACUCUUGGCCACGACUACUGUCGUCUAACCACCCUGAAGUGACAUUACAUCACAAGCAGGAAGCAUGAUGGGCACUAAAGAUCAGCAGACCUGUAGAUAUCAUUUACUCUCUCGAGCUCUAUUUCACCUAUUUCACAGGUUCCGAAGGGUUGGAGAAAUGUUCAAAUAACUUGGCAAGCAGCACAGUCUGAACCAUAAAAGGGUUCUGACCUUUAGGACUCAGUGCUACCUGAAUAGUGACAGUUUAUAACAUGGAAAGUGUGUCAAAUACUGCUUGCUUACAUGAAUGCCUAGUUUCUAUGUGUGCUAUCUUCUAACAUCAUGCUAAAUUUUAAAUACGCGAAGACUGAAAUGUAAGCAGCACUUAUAUUCUCUGGUGCACAUUUUAAAGCACUAGAAGAGGUUUACAUAGGUUUUAAUUUCCUUGUGUGCAAGCUGUUUGUGAACAGGUCAUAUGGCAAAAAAAAGCAACCAUCUUUCCACCUGGAAAGGUUUUGUGAACUCAAUUCAGAUGUACGUUUUUGCUAGCUCACAUCUGGAGUUAUGCAGCUUGUGUGUGUUUAUGUACUAUUAACUGAAUUCUGUCCUUAAAAACUAAUUUUUUCUGUGCUUUCUAAGGGGAUGCAGUUCAGUCCCUUAACAUUCUCGUGCUAACAGAGAAAAAUAGACCAUUAAAAUGGCGAUAGAGACAACAUUCCUUUUACAAAUGUAAUCACAUAAUAUAUAUUUACAGAGUUGUAGGUAUAUAUACGAUUCAAAAUAGAUCUUAACUAUAUUUCUUUUCAUAGUAAGUCGUAAGGUACUAGCCUGUUUGUGAAAGGGAAUUUGUACAUUUUCAGCACAAAAAUAAAGAGUAUAUGGUAAUAAACGUAUAGAUGUUAAUACGGGAUAUUAAAGUACAUUGAUUACUGGUUUCUUUCUUAAAUAGUUGUAUUAUGCAUUUCUGUAUUUUAAAUUUGUUUUUAAUCCUAUUUCUCUGAUUAAAAGAGAGCUACCUUAAGAGCCUUUUUCUUGGA